AUGAAGGCGAUUCAAAUAUUGGGCGACAAGAAGUCACCAAACAUCAUUCUAAAUACCGCAACACCGAAGCCCACGCCUCAAGGCGCCGAAAUACUGGUUCGGGUCCACGCCGCCGGAGUCACUGGCGAUGAACUCGGCUGGCCUGAGCUCUACCAGACUGCAUCCCGGAUUCCCGGCCACGAGCUAUCGGGCACGGUCGAUGAAGUAGGCCCAGACUACACCGGAGACCUCGUCAUCGGCCAAGAAGUCUUUGCAUUCACUUCGGCAGACCGCGGACAAUGCCAGGCUGAGUAUGUCUCUUGCUUGCCAAACGAGGUUGCUCCGAAGCCUGCUUCUAUCUCUCAUGUUGAAGCUGCCGCACUUCCAAUACCGAUUCUUACGGCAUGGGAAGCUGUCAUCGACCACGGAGAUAUUAACGCCGAUAUGACUGUCCUAAUCACCGGAACCUCUGGCGCGGUUGGACUCAUCGCGGUUCAGUUGGUUGCACAGCUUACUGGAGCUCGUGUCCUUGCGCUGGCUUCACCCCGACAUCACGAAAGCUUGAGGCAGCUAGAUGCCGAUGUCUUGGACUAUAAUGACACUGACUGGAUCCCCUCGGUUGGUGCCGUGGAUAUUGUUAUCGACACAGUGGGUGGGAGUAUUCUUAGCGAUGCUUGGAGGCUUGUGACUGAAGAUGGGAUGAUUAUUACCGUCGCUGAUCCACCGCCUCCAUGGGCUUUCGGGAAUGUUGUGCCGGAAGAGUCGCUUGGGAGACCUGGAGUUCGGUACAAGUACUUCAUUGUUUCUCCUAAUGCUGAGAGGUUGUGUAGGGCAUCUGGGAUGGUUGAAGCGGGCGCUCUGCAAGCUUUAAUGGUAAAGUCGUUUCCUCUUAUAGAGGUGGUGCGAGCUUGGGAGUGUUCCCAGCAGAGGGGAAGAGGUCAUAAAGUAGUCAUUGAUUUUCGAUAA